AUGAAGGACGCCGUCUCGAAGUUCCUCCUGGCAUUGGGCCUGGUAGGGGCUAGCCUUGCCUCUCCCGCGCAUAGAGACGAGGUGAUACGUUUCCAUGGGCCUUUUGAGGUCACAGCCGACUCUCUGCAUAACAUCCAUGUGGAGUUCACUGAAGAUUCGUUCGAGGGGGAAGUCAAGCUGGUCUAUGGCGAUUGUGAGAUGACUCAUGCACACAAGGCGCAUCAUCACAUCGGAAGCGUCUUCGUUCGAAGAGACGAACGACCAGAACGAUUCGUCUGGACUACACCGUCUGAUGCGCCGCAUGCACACUGUCUGCAUGCCUUCUCAGGGACGACUCGCGUGGGCCGCUCUUCACCCAUCACCAUCACUUCUUCCCCGGUGUACAAGCGGCAAAGCAUUGCAGAUGUAGCCGACGCGCUGGGCCCCUGGUUCGACGGCGUCGCAUACAUGAAGUCGAAGAAUAACAGCGCCGCGUUCGUGUCCAGGGCGAAGAACUCUUCUGUCGCUAUUGUGGGCGGUGGCAUGUCCGGAUUGAUGACCAGCCUUCUUCUUUCGUCCGUUGGCAUGCAUAACUGGCAUAUCAUCGAAUCGUCACAACGCGUCGGCGGCCGCGUCAGGACACAUUACUUCAACAAUACCCGUCCAGAUGAGUACCAGUAUCAGGAAAUGGGUCCUAUGCGCUUCCCCGUCAGCGUGACUUAUGCCGGGACGAACGAGACGAUUGAGAUCAAAGACCACAGGAUGGUCUUCCAGCUGGGCGAUGUCUUGAAUAAGAUAAACGCCGGCAAUCCCGAGCUGGCUGUUAACUUCAUUCCAUGGACACAAAAUGGACUUAACCUGCCUGCUGAUUCUGGUGGUGUUCGUCUCCCUGAUGGCCGUAUCCCAACGGUGGCUGAUAUUAAGGCCGACUCGGCGCUUUCAUACACGCCUCCCCCACAGAAUGCUACGGCUGUUGCGGACGCUGAAGCUGCUGCUGAAAACUACACUAAAAUCAAUGAUAUCAACACGAUGAGGAAUCUCGCCGCGAAUGUUUACAAGGCGCACAAGGAGGCCGUGGAGAAUGGCCUGUUCGACUGGUCCGAGGCGGGAUAUCUGCGGUACGCCCUGGGUUACAGCGCGAACACCACGGACUACGUUGCUGGAACGGCUGAUUAUCCCAUCUGGGAGGAUUACUACGAGAACACGUACUUUGCGGCGACCGCAUGGCGCACGAUCGACAAGGGACUCGAUUCUCUCCCUCGCGCCUUCUACCCGCACGUUGCCAAUAAGACCACCUUCGGCCGCCAGGUAGAAGGUCUAUCGUACGAUGAAAGCACCGGGAAGAUUGCCGUCAACUGGCGGGAGGAUCCUAUGCAACUGAUACCAGAAAGCGAGGAAUAUGACUAUGCUGUUGUUGCCGUGCCGUUCAGCAAAGUCAGACUGUGGAACUUGCCCCACUACUCGUCCUUGCUCAGCCGGGCAAUCUCUACAAUGAACUAUGAGCCAGCGUGCAAGAUGGCCCUCCACUACCGGUCUCGCUUCUGGGAACAUACGGAGAACCCAAUUUUCGGUGGCUGUGGUUCGGUAGACGUUGCUGGCGUUGGCAAUGUUUGCUACCCCUCGUACCAGAUAAACAGCACGGGCCCAGGUGUCGUUCUGGCUUCAUAUGCUAGCGGAACACCCGCUCGCUCAGCUGCAGCUUUGAGUACUGAAGAUCAUGUUGCCCUGAUCCAACGUACUAUGGUGGAGAUCCACGGCGAAGUGGCAGCAAAGGAAUACACUGGUCUAUACUUCCGUCAAUGCUGGGAGGUCGAUGAAUGGCAGGCAGGAGCAUGGGCUGCACCCCUUGUUGGACAGCAGGAGCUUUACCUUCCUGCGUACUACCAGACCGAAUUCAAGACGAUCUUCGUUGGAGAGCACACCAGUUAUACUCACGCGUGGAUCUUCUCUGCUCUCGACUCGGCUGUACGUGGGACGACGCAGUUGCUGCUGGAUCUUGGGCUGGUGGACGAAGCGAAAUCCAUCGUUGACGAGUGGAUGGGCCGUUGGAUUUCGCUGUAGAUGAAUCAGACGGACGGUGGGGAGGAGGAUGCUCCCACCCUCGCAAAAUGUGUACAUAGACAGCAAAAUAACC